GGCGCCCGGCGCCGUUGGAGCGGCGGGACCUGCCUGGCCCGGCCCGGCCCGCCCGCCCGGGUCCCCCCGCGGGCACCGCCCCGGCCUCGGGCAGCGCCCCUGCCUCCCGCGGUUGCAGCCAAAAUCCUUCUCUUGGGAUUCUGAACUAUGACAUCAUGGCAAGAUUUCGCAGAAGAACAUGCAUCAUUUUGUUGCUUUUUAUUUUGUUUAUUUGCUCCAUAAUGAUGGCUUUGAAGACACUGAGACCUGACAGAGCUGGCUUUGGGGAUCCAUUUGGACUUGGUUUGUUGCCUGAGCUUCAGCAACGGACAGUUCUCUUAGACAGUAAACAGAGUUCACUAAAUAGGAUUCAAGGAGAUACUGUAACACGUGUCACUAAUUUGCACGGUAUUGCUGUCAAUACUAUGAAAGCAUCUAUGCCUCCUGUAAAUAAGAUGGAAGAAGAACUGUCUUCUCCUAAUUAUAACUUUCACAUAUUUUACUAUACUUGGUAUGGAAAUCCACAGUUUGAUGGUAAAUAUAUUCACUGGAACCAUCCACUGUUGCCACACUGGGAUCCUAAAAUUGCAAACAAUUAUCCAAAGGGAAGGCAUAAUCCUCCUGAGGACAUUGGGGCCAACUUUUAUCCUGAACUCGGAUCUUACAGUUCCAAAGACCCUACUGUCAUAGAAGCCCACAUGACACAGAUGCGUUCAGCUUCAACUGGUGUAAUAGUGCUUUCAUGGUACCCACCAGGUAUGGCUGAUGAAAAUGGAGAACCAACUGAUGAUUUGGUGCCUGUUAUUUUGGACUAUGCACACAAAUAUAAUCUAAAGGUCACUUUUCAUAUUGAACCUUACAAAGAUAGAGAUGAUCGCAGUAUGUACCACAAUGUCAAGUACAUCAUUGACAAAUAUGGAGGCCAUCCAGCCUUUUACAGGCAUAAGACCAGCACAGGCAGAUUUCUUCCCAUGUUUUACGUUUAUGAUUCUUACGUAACAAUUCCUGAAAUAUGGGCAAAUCUGCUAACUGUUUCUGGAUCCCAGAGUAUUCGAAAUACACCAUAUGAUGCGUUAUUCAUUGCACUUCUUGUAGAAGAAAGACAUAAGCAUGACAUUCACAGAAGUGGUUUUGAUGGAAUGUACACGUACUUUGCCACCAAUGGCUUCUCCUAUGGCUCAUCUCAUCAUAAUUGGGCAAGUUUAAAAGCCUUUUGUGAUAGUAACAACUUAAUGUUUAUUCCAAGUGUGGGCCCAGGCUAUAUUGAUACCAGUAUCCGACCAUGGAACAACCACAACACCCGUAAUCGUGUCAAUGGGAAGUACUACGAGACUGCCUUCAGCGCAGCCCUUCUGGUGCGACCGGAAAUCAUCUCUAUUACAUCUUUUAAUGAAUGGCACGAGGGAACUCAGAUUGAAAAAGCUGUCCCUAAACGGACUGGACAGGUGGUUUACCUUGAUUAUAAACCACAUAAGCCAAAUAUUUACCUAGAGCUAACUCAGAAGUGGUCUGAGAAGUACAGAAAAGAACAAGAACAGUGGCUUAUGUGAGCUGUCCCUGCUGCAGUUGUUUCCUAAUACAUUGACUAUAUUGAGAAAGAAAUGGAGAGCUGAAGAAUCUCUUAUUAAAUGUCUUUAUUAUAUCUGUUGAAUGUAUAUGCACUACUACUGAGUUUUAAUUUUGAAAAGUAAAAAGACUAUGAGAAUAUUGGCAAUUCUGUGUUAUUGGAUAUUUUAUUUCAAGAAUGUUCAGGGAAAUCUGAAAGGUUAUUUGUUUCUUUUUUUAAACUUCAUAACUUGCAUGCUGAGCUUUCAGAACAUCUGCAUGGGAUAACUCUACAUGACCAAAGUAUUUAAAAAAGUUGGCAUAGUUCUACUUCCUUCCUUUAUUCUUGUAGUUAUGUUUCUAAUAAAAGUGAUGCUGUAAUCCUAAA